AUGCAAUUCAAAUUUUUAUCAACAAUUGUUAGUUUAUUAGCAACAUCUUAUGCUAUUGGUGAUAUUGCAUUCAAUUUAGGUGUUAAAGAUAAUGAAGGUAAUUGUAAAACAGUUGAAGAAUUUGAAAAAGAUUUAGAAGUUUUAAAACAAACUACUUCAAUUAUCAAAACUUAUGCUGUCUCUGAUUGUAAUACUUUACAAAAUUUAGGUCCUGCAGCAGAAGCUGAAAAUUUUAAAAUUAUGUUAGGUAUUUGGCCAACUGAUGAUUCACAUUUUGAAGCAGAAAAACAAGCUUUACAAAAUUAUUUACCAAAGAUUUCAACUUCAACUAUUAAAUACUUUUUAGUUGGUUCUGAAGCUUUAUAUAGAGAUGAUUUAACCGCUCAACAAUUAUCAGAUAAAAUUAAUGAAAUUAAAGAUUUAGUUAAAAAUAUUCAAGAUAAAGAUGGUAAUCCAUAUUCAACUGUUCCAGUUGGUACCGUUGAUUCAUGGAAUGUUUUAGUUGAUGGUGGUUCAAAACCUGCUAUUCAAACUGCUGAUAUUGUUUUAGCAAAUGCUUUUUCAUAUUGGCAAGGUCAAACUCAGCAAAAUGCUUCAUAUUCUUUUUUUGAUGAUAUUAUGCAAGCUUUACAAACCAUUCAAACCGUUAAAGGUUCAACUGAUAUUGAUUUUUGGGUUGGUGAAACAGGUUGGCCAUCAGAUGGUUCAAAUUUUGAAAAUGCUUAUCCAUCAGUCGACAAUGCAAAAGAUUUUUGGCAAAAAGCUAUUUGUGCAAUGAGAGCUUGGGGUAUUAAUGUUGCUGUUUUUGAAGCUAUUGAUGAAGCUUGGAAACCAGAUACUUCAGGUAUUAAUGAUGUUGAAAAACAUUGGGGGGUUUGGGAUGCAAAUUAUAAUUUGAAAUACCCAAUCAAUUGUGAUUUUGAUUAA